UUUAAAAGUGGAAAGAAGACAUUUAAAGGAUACCAUAGAUGGAUGUGGAAGCCAUAAUGCAAGCAAAGGACAAUGAGUUGCUGCUUCUUGGACUUGACAAGAAAGGAGACAUUCUGAGCUUGAGAAAUUUUGUACAGAAAUUGUCCAAAGAGUCCUCAAAUGACGAGAAAAGAUCUAAAAAAAUGUCACUGUUACAUGAAGUUCUGGAAAAUGGUAAACAGAAUAAAAGCCUUAAACAGAAAAAAGAUGGGAAAUUUCUACCAAAGAUGCGAAAGGUACAACUGGGUUGGCUGCAUUUUGAUGCCGAGAAGCAGAGUUUUGUUUCUGUGAGAAUGGCCAAGGGAGGUGGUACAGGUGAGGUUGAAAUUGAGCUAAAUGCAGACAAAGACGACAUCAUUGGCAUUGCCAAAUCCAUAUUUUUCACCGAUGGUAACAGUAACUUUGGGCCUGAACAGCUGAUGACAUUUGGACUGGCCAAUUUCCAGCACAAAGACGUUUGA